UAUAAGUGGCAACGACUUGACAACUUGAAUCAUUUGCUCUUGACGAUUAUUCGCGGUGGUUUCGAGUUUAUUUGCAAAGUUCUUAAAAAAAAUGCGUGUCGCUAUUGUUGGUGCUGGUGCUGCCGGCUUGGCCUCCGCAAGGCAUGUGAGUGCCCAAGGAAUCGACUGCGACGUCCUGGAGAUGGGCCCUGAGCUGGGGGGCACUUGGGUCUACACUGAUAACGUGGGGAGCGACCAGUACGGAUUUCCUGUUUAUUCCGCCAUGUAUAAGGGGCUAAGGACUAAUUUACCCAAAGAGGUGAUGGGUUACCCUGAUUUUCCCAUUCCGGAGCAAAAUAAAUCCUACUUGACGCAAGCUGAGAUACUCGACUUUUUAAACCUUUAUGCCGACCACUUUCACAUUCGGCAGCACAUUAGGUUUAACCGAAUGGUUGUGGAAAUUCGCCCUCUCGGCGACAAGUGGCAAAUCAAGUCGAUCCACAAACCCACCAAGGAAGAAAUCGUCGACAUCUACGACGCUGUGAUGAUCUGCAACGGUCACUACAACGACCCCAUCAUUCCAAAAAUCCCCGGCCAGGAAAAAUUCAAGGGUGAAAUCGCCCACAGCCACCAAUACCGAUCGCCAGAACGCUUCAAAAACCAAAACGUUCUUGUGAUAGGUGCCGGGCCCUCAGGCUUGGACUUGGCCCUCCACAUCUCGUCGGUGGCCAAACAAGUGGUCCUCAGCCACCAUACGAAGGAAGCUGUGAACACAGAAUACCCUUGCAAUGUCAGCAAAAAACCCGACGUUUCAGCCAUCAAAGGCGAAGAAGAGGUUGAAUUUGUCGACGGUUCUUGUUGUCGUUUCGACACGAUAAUCUACUGCACCGGUUACAGAUACUCUUUCCCAUUUCUGCACGAAUCGUGCGGAGUGACCGUCGAUGACAAUCACAUUCAGCCGCUUUACAAACACAUGAUACACAUAGAAAGACCCACCAUGUGCUUCAUUGGAAUCCCAUUCAAUGUUUGCGCCUUCCAAAUGUUCGACCUCCAGGCUAGGUUCUUUUGCCAGUACCUCAACGGCUCGAUGUCGUUACCAUCGUGUAAUAUGAUGCGAAUGGACACUGAAAAGGAUAUGCAGAACCGAUGGGCAAAAGGAUAUACCAAAAGACAGGCCCAUCUGAUGGGUCCUGACCAGCAAGGAUAUUACGAGGAUUUGGCAGCGGCGGCUAACACGACUCCGAUUGCUCCAGUUAUUGUUAAACUGAGGGAUGAAAGUGUGAAGAGGUUAUACGAUGAUCUGCUAAAUUUCAGAGAAGAUAGGUACAAGAUUGUUAACAAUGAAACCUUUGUUAAGGUUCACUAAAUUGUAGUGUUACUUUAAUCAAAAUAUCCAUUUUCUUUGUUAUUUAACAAGCCCAUUUAACAUUUUUAGGAGAAUGUAUUAAAUAGGAUUUCAGUGGCGUUGUAUUUAUCUUUGUAGUUAGUAUAAUAAUUUGUAUUUUAUUUUAUUAUUAAACAUUUGGUCCAUAUAAUUUAUUCUUGUAAAUACGCUGAUUAGUGUUUAAAAUAAAGUUACAAUAUACCUAC